AUGUCAGUGGAUGUGCUGACCUUGGCUGGAAUGGAGCCAACUCCAGAGGCAGAGUGCGGGGUGGAUGGAAUGGGCUUCUCUCAGCUCACUCCUUCCAUCUCCAGCCAGGGUCUUCACAGACUCAUGUUCUCAGCCCAGGGCUGUCCCCAGAGCAUCCAGGCGAGGCUGGAGGAAGCUUCCAGAAGGGAGGAGGGGCCUCCUUUGAGGCCCCAUCGGUGGUCCUGGACAGAUGGUGGAGGAGGCAGCUGCUGCUCUGCGCGCCCCUUCUUUGGAAUGUCUGUGCUAUUUUUUGACCCUGUUAGUCACUGCGGCUCAUGA